AUGAAAAAAAAUUUAGUUUUCAACUCUCAUCGUCAUUCAUCGUCGAUAUCGAGAAAAUAUGAUCUUAAAACAUUAUUAGGUCGGAAAAAUUUGGCAAAUCCAUUUUUACAAGGAAGGAACGUCGAAGAAAAUGCCGCUGCUUACAAAAUUUUCAGUAUACUUUAUGGCCUCGUUGUUUUUAUGGGUGGUGUGGCGUUUUCCAUCUCUAGUGCUAUCAUACCAUCUGAACAAGGAGAAAAUAUAAAAGAUUUGGCUGCAAUUUAUUUUACAUCUCUCUAUUGGGUAUCGAUUAUUUGGAUAAUAUUUUGUAUUGUUGAUAUUGUUCGCCAUAAACGAAGAUUACAUACUCAUUCGAUAAGAGUUAAUAGUUUAGAUUCAAAUCAUACAGAAACAAAUUUAUUUCGAGAAAAUCAAGAUUUAAGAUUUUCUUCAAAAUCCUAUUUUAAUUUACGAACAUUUAGUAAUUAUAAUCAACAUCAAAAUCAAAUAUCAACGAUAAAUGAAGAUAAUCAUUAUAAUAAUAAAUCGAAAUCAUCAGAUAAUUUAUCGAUUUUUAGGAGUAAACCUAUUAAUAUUUUAAUCAGCGGACAAAACAUAAAUCGAAAUGGAACGCAUGCAAUAGGAAAUGAUAUUCAUCAACAAAAAGAUUCUAUUGUUCACCGAGAUAUUGGAUAUAAUUAUGAUGAUCGUUCAACAACUGGUGGUCUUUACAUUCGUGUCGGAAUCGGAAUUUUUUGUCUUGGUACAGUUAUACAUUCAGGUUUAUCGAUAUUAAGUAAUCUUGAAAAUUUUAUUUGUGUACCGUGGACAAAUGUUGUCGAUGAUUUUUCAAGAUUAUUGUUUAGUUUCGUUCAAUUUUUCUUUAUUUUUAAACAUUCUAAUUUAAUUAUUCGAGUACAUGAAAAUUUUGCUCGAUUAGCUGUAAUGCAUGUCGUUGUUACCAACUUGUGUGUAUGGUUUCGUAUGGUUGUUAAUGAAACAAAAUCUCAAAUACAGGAAAUGAGUGCCUACGAAACGAUCAUUGGCCAAUAUAAUAAUGUGACAAUUCAUAGUAACUACUUUAUCCAAAAUGGCCAAAAUCUCAUGAAUCGACUGCAUUGUAGACAAUCGAUAGAAGAUACUCUUGAAAUGACGAGUUCUAUUAAUCAAGGCUCUUUAAAAUUAAAACCACUACUCUAUCCAUGUACCAUUGAAUUUAGUCUUAUGUGUUUAACAUUAUUUUUUCUUAUAUGGGAAAAUAUUGGUAAAACUUUCACUUAUAAAAUGUCUGAUAAAGCCUCAACUAAAAAUGUAUUUAUGGUUAAUUGCCAUGCAUCAAUAAAAGGUUUCUUUGCUGGCAUGGUUAUAUUCUCAUGCACAGUUAUAUCAAUAAUACUUUAUGCUAUCCUUCAAAAUAACAUCACCGAUGAUAUAGAAUUAAUAUCCACAUCAUUAAAUAUUCUUCAGACACCAACAACUGUAUCCUAUCGAAAUCGUUCUUUAUUGAUUACCUCGACCCAUAGUCCAUUUAGUUUGACAUCUAAAACACCAAAAAAAGUUCUCUAUAGUAUCGCUAUUGUUGAAAUAGUUAAUCUCUGUUUAUUAAUCAUUUCUUUAUUUGGUACAACAUGGACAUUGAUUAAAAUUCGAAAAUUCGAAUAUAAAAGAAUAACUACACGUUUUGAUAGUGUUUUGAUUAUUGUAUCACUAUCCGGUAUUUAUUUAUAUUCAAUAUUUAGUGCGUUUGCUUUAUUCAACAAUAAAAAUCCAGCGACAUGGAUUGCUUAUCUUAAAAUAGGUAUUGUUAUUUUAGAAUUUAUUGAAGGCACUGUUCAUGCAUUUUUUAUACUUGUUGGUCUACGUAAGCGUCUCGUACGAACAAAUACUCGUGAAUGCCCAGCACGCGAAGUAAUUACAUUAUUAAUUAUGCUGGAUCUUAGUUUAUGGUUCGAAGAAACUACAACAACAACAAAACAUGAAGUUAAUCCAUUUCAAUUGGCCUUCUAUCAUGUUAUACCGUGGUCAAUUAUUGCUGCUAUCGCAACACCACUUCAAAUUUUUUUUCGGUUCCAUGCAUCUGUAUGUCUCUCACACAUUUGGGAAAAUAUGUAUGCUCUACCGACGUAUGAACCAAUUGUCCCGCACGAUCUAUGA